UCAGCAUCAAGUGCUUUCAACGUUCUCUCCAGCCACUUAGAAGGAGCAAUGAGGAGAGAGGAGCUGUCGCCCUGCUGAUGCCAGGACGUCUGGGAUACAGUAACAACUUUUGUUGAUUUUUAAAGGACAUUCUUUGUGUAUUCUUAGGAAAAACAAACAAGAUACCGCGGAAUUGUCAUAUCCAUCAAUCGGAUGCAAGCAGAGCCAGGCCCAAUUAACAAUGGGCCCUAUGCACCUGUGUGUCCUGCUCCCGGUGACAAUGUUGGUUGUGGCGGCCGUCGCCGCCGAGCUGACUGCAACGGUUGACGACGAUUACACUUGGCCUCAGUGGAAUUUGCCUCUGGUAAGGAAAAGGCGCACUCUGCCUCUGAGCAGUCCCAACUUCUCAGCUCAUCCUCAAGCAGAGGUGAGCGGGACGUGCGGGAUCGAGUGUCAGCGUGGCCUCCCGUCGCCCUCCCUGGAUGACAUGGAGCAGCUCCUAUCCUACGAGACGGUUUACGAGAAUGGCACGCGCACGUAUACCUCGGUGUCUGUGCAAGGUCUCAACGAGGUGGCAGAUCGAUCCAGAAACGACUCCUCCAGGUCCCGUUACAAAAGAGAGGUGUACGGCACGGACACCCGCUUCACUAUUUCUGAUAAGCAGUUCUCCACUAAGUAUCCCUUCUCCACUACUGUCAAAAUUUCCACGGGAUGUUCUGGAGUUCUGGUGUCACCCAAACAUGUGUUGACCGCUGCCCACUGCAUCCAUGAUGGAGAGGAUUAUUUGGAUGGUGUUCAGAAGCUUCGCGUUGGUAUUCUUAAGGAGAAAUCUAGAAAAGGGAAAGGAGGCAAAGGGAGAGGAGGGCGAGGGAAAGGCAAAAAGAGAAAAGGGGAUGGCGCUAAAGAAGAAGUAAAGCAAGUGGAAGACAAGGGAGGGAGCCGUAAAGGAAAGGAAGGAAAGGGCAGAAAGAGCCGAAGUCGCCGCAGCGCAGAGUUGGAGAAACCUUCGUUUAGGUGGACCAGGGUCAAGAAAACCCAAGUGCCCAAGGGUUGGUUCAAAGGUGUGUCUGAUGGACUGACUGCAGAUUAUGACUACGCAGUUUUGGAGCUGAAGCGAGCCCCCAAAGUGAAGCACAUGGAUCUGGGUGUUAUCCCCUCAGUCAAGAAGCUCCCUGCAGGAAGAAUCCACUUCUCUGGUUUUGAUGAUGACCGGCCAGGGAACCUGGUAUACAGGUUCUGCUCUGUGUCUGAGGAGUCCAAUGAGUUGUUGUACCAGUACUGCGAUGCCAAACCUGGCUCCAGUGGUUCUGGGGUAUACGUCCGUCUCAAAGAGCCAGGCAAGAAGAAGUGGAAGAGAAAGAUCAUUGGGGUGUUCUCUGGUCACCAAUGGGUGGAUGUUAAUGGCAAUGGGCUGCAGCAGGAUUACAAUGUUGCAGUGAGGAUAACACCUCUCAAAUAUGCCCAAAUCUGCUACUGGGUCCACGGGGACUCAAGUGAGUGCCAGGUGUCCUAAGACAACAACAGAGUCCCUUAGGACACCACCCAGAUCCACUUUUAAACCAAAUGGCACCCAGUCUCCUCAACCCUCCACCCAGCAUCAACAUGGUGCCUGUCUUGCAUCCUGCCUGUGCUUCCCGCCACACUCCUCUACAAACAACCCCCCCCCCCCCCCCACAGCUAUACAGACUCGAUGUUGACAACAACAGGAACUCGAUAACACGUAAAGAGAACUGUGGCUUUUCUAAUUUAUUUGCACGCAAAAAAAAACUGAGAAAAACAUGCAUUUGAAUUGUUUAUAGAUCAUUACGAUCUGGAGUUUUGUUUAGAAUUUUGUCAAUAUUUCACUUUGUCGGAUACAUUUCUAAAAAGUGCGUCAACUUUUCUAAAUAUCUCUUUUUCUAACAAGGGUUUGAGAGAGACUUGCCAUCUUGCAAGCUCUCACUGUAGAGAUUGUGAUUGGCGUUGAUAAGACCCAGGACAGAAAUUCAUGUAAAUUAUAUUCCACAAACAAAUUACAGUAUAGAAAUAAUGAAUAAAUGAAAGAUGAACUUUUAGCAAGGUGGUGUUUUGCAAUGUGUAAGUCUAAAAAUGUUUGUAUGUCUAUAGCAUUCUAUCGCUUUCUGUCCCAGUAGAACUGGUUCUAAUGGAAAUUGUCGCACCGGUUUUUCUUUGCUCUUCAAAAGCAGUGAAAUGUGUUUUCAUUGGUGUGCACAUAAUUAUAUUAGUGCUUAUCCAGAAUACAUGGUGCUAAUUUAUCGAAGUAUAAGCUUCUUUUUUUCCCCCCAGGGAAAGGGGAACCUACUACUGUAUCUAUGAAUUUGAGGCUGUUGUGCUAAGAUUGGACUGAACCUUUCAAUAAUUUACUUGAUAAUUUAUUUAAUUUCUCUUAUGCAAAGGGUUUUAUUUGACCACAGACAUCAGAUUAUUGUUUUAUAACCACAAAUUGUAGUAUGAAAUGCAAUAGUUUUUUUAUGUUGCUGAUGUUCCAAAACACAUUUUGUCAAAACUA